GUCAGCAGCUAGGCCCUCAGGUGGAGUCACUUCCUGGGCUGUGAUAAGGCUCACCUGGACACUCUGUCACUCAUUACCAGGGGGCACCUUCAGCUCAGCAUGAGGGAGUGCCUUUCCAUUCAUGUGGGCCAAGCUGGUGUCCAGAUUGGGGAUGCUUGCUGGGAACUCUAUUGCCUGGAACAUGGAAUCCAUCCGGAUGGCUUUCUUCUCAACAGUAAAAAGGAUCAGUUGGGAGUUGCUAAAAUGGAGCAUAAGGAUGCCUCUUUUGAUACUUUCUUUUGUGAGACAAGAGCGGGGAAGCAUGUGCCCAGAACACUCUUCAUUGACCUAGAGCCAACUGUUAUAGAUGGGAUUCGAACAGGCAAGUACCGCUCACUCUUCCACCCAGAGCAUCUCAUUAAUGGGAAGGAGGAUGCUGCAAAUAACUACGCCCGAGGUCACUACUCUCUGGGGUCAGAGAUCAUCGACCUUGUGCUAGAGAGAAUCCGAAAACUGGCAGAGCAGUGCAGUGGACUGCAGGGAUUUUUGAUUUUCCGAAGCUUGGGCGGAGGCACUGGAUCAGGAUUUACAUCACUCUUAAUGGAACAGCUGUCGGUACAAUAUGGCAGGAAGACUAAAUUGGAGUUCUCUGUCUAUCCAGCCCCCAGGAUCUCCACUGCUAUAGUAGAACCUUAUAACUCCAUCCUCACCACCCAUUUCACAUUAGAGCACUCAGACUGUACCUUCAUGGUGGACAAUGAGGCCCUCUAUGACAUAUGCCAUCAUAAACUUGGUGUUGAACGCCCCUCUUAUACCAUCAUUAAUAGGUUAAUAAGUCAAGCAGUAUCUUCCAUUACUGCUUCCCUCCGGUUUGAAGGGUCCUUGAAUGUGGACUUAAAUGAAUUCCAGACCAAUCUAGUACCUUAUCCAAGAAUACAUUUCCCCAUGACAGCCUUUGCCCCCAUCAUUUCUGCUGACAGUGCCUACCACAAGGACUUCUCUGUGUCAGAUAUCACCACUGCUUGCUUUGAGUUCUCCAACCAGCUGGUCAAGUGUGAUCCUCGACUGGGGAAGUACAUGGCCUGCUGUCUACUCUAUAGGGGGGAUGUGGUUCCCAAGGAUGUGAAUGCCGCAAUUGCAGCCAUGAAGUCAAGAAACUCCAUUCAGUUUGUAGAUUGGUGUCCAACAGGUUUCAAGGUGGGCAUCAACAGUCAACCACCCACAGUGAUGCCAGGGGGCGAAAUGGCCAAGGUCCAGCAGGCUGUCUGCAUGCUGAGCAACACCACAGCAGUUGUAGAGGCCUGGGCCCGCCUGGAUCACAAGUUUGACCUUAUGUAUGCCAAGAGGGCAUUUCUACAUUGGUACAUCAAAGAAGGCAUGGAAGAAGAUGAGUUUUUAGAGGCCAGGGAAGAUCUGGCUGCUCUAGAGAAGGAUUAUGAGGAGGUGGCACAAAGUUCCUAAUGCAUAUGUGAUGGUGGAAAUGAAUGUUAAGUGCCAUGUUCACUUUUUAAGACAUUGUACAGUUAAUGGGUAGAAUUCCCUUGAUUAGAAGAAGAAUGAAAUCAAAUCAAGCAAGAAUAUAAGUUCCACACUAAAUCUAAAUUAAAUCAGCUGAUAUUAACAAUGAGCACAUCUUUUCUUGUCAGUACAAUUCAGCACUGCUACCUGUGAAUCUUCUAAGCUUUGGAGUCCUUUCUGAGUUAUGUAUGACUUUUUUUUGUUCUUUGAAUAGAAACCUGGCUAUAUUCUUUGCUUUUUCAACCAUGACACUAUCAAACCCUGUACUAUUUCUGACGUGGGACACAGCACAAUUUUGAUUAUUAAUGUUAUUUCCUCCACAUCUAUACUUUGUACAUUGAUUAAAUAAUGAGCAUUUUCAGUAUGAUUUUUUUUGCUUCCAAAUGUGGGGCUUAAGGUCUCAGUUUGCUUUUUAUACAAACAAACAAACAAAGAUAUUCUUGGGUCUUUCACAAAUUUGAAUCUGUGUGUCUUAUAGGUCCUGUAGGUGAAAGUGAUCUCUUUCAGCUUUCCUUCCUUGAUGAGGUGUUCUCAAAUUGUGGCCCACAGAACCCUAUAUCAGAACCAUUUCAGAAGUUUCGAAAAAAAAAUGUAGAUUCUUAAGCUUCACUAUGCACUUGCUAAAUGAGAAACCCUGGGGAUUGGAGGCAGGGUGAUCUGAGGAUUUGAAAUUUUAAAAAGACACUUUAAUGGCCCUUGUUGGUGUGACUCGGUGGAUUGAA